UAAAACGGCUUUUUCCGUAUAGAAAAUUCUUAUUUAUUUGUUUGUUUGUCAAGAGCUAGGUUCAGUUCGGGUUCGUGUUUCUCUUCCGGACUGAAGAUCGUUGGAUCAUUUUACAAGAUGGAGGAGACCAGUCCUUCAAUUCUGUGGGAAGACCAGCGGGCUCAGAGUAUAGAGGAGAAGGUUGAAUGCCUCAGAAGGAAGCUCAAGUACUAUUUCAUGAAUCCCUGUGAGAAAUACCACGCAAGGGGACGAAAACCUUGGAAACUCGUGCUUCAGAUUGUCAAAAUCGCUAUAGUUACCAUCCAGCUGGUAUUGUUUGGACUGAGCAACCAGAUGGUUGUUACUUUCAAAGAAGAGAACCUGAUGACUUUCAAGCACAUUUUCCUGAAAGAUUAUGUUGAUGGAGGCAUGGAUACUUACUCUAUUUACAAACAGGCUGAUGUGUAUGAUCACAUGGACUACAUUAUUGCUCAGUAUGGACUUCUGCAUAACAUCACUGUUGGGAAUCAUGAAUAUGAGAAAAAUGGCACUUCCUACACCCCGCUGUCACUAUGUCAGGAGUUCUACAGGAAUGGCAGCAUCUACCCUGGAACUGAGACCCUUGAAAUCGAUGCUCAUGUUGACACUGAAUGCCUUGAAGUCUAUCCAGUCACUCCGCUCUCACUACGUGACAUGUUUCAGAGCUUUGAGCUGCAUUUUAAACGGCUUAUUUCUGUGACAUUCACAUUUGUUGUCAAGGCUAUCAAUUUGCAAACUGUGAGAUAUCGAGAGCUGCCUGACUGCUAUGACUUCACUGUGGUUAUUACUUUCAACAAUCAAGCUCACAGCGGCAGAAUGAAAGUUGAUCUGGAAACGGACGUGGACAUUAAUGAAUGCAAAGACUGGAAAGUAACUGGAGCCUCUGCAAAACAGAUAUACCUGACAGUGAUGUUUGACUGCCUAAUUGUAAUAACCUGCAUCACUUCCUUUGCACUCUGCACACGCUCUGUUAUAAAAGGAAUUCUGCUGAUGCUUGAGUACGUCCAACACUGCAAAGUACACUCUGGUAAAGACGUGCCAUGGUCAGACAAGAUUGAGUUUGUGAGCGGCUGGUAUAUCCUGAUCAUUGUCAGCGACACACUAACCAUCAUAGGCUCCAUUCUCAAGAUGGAGAUCCAAACUAAGGUCCUUACAAGCUAUGAUGUGUGCAGCAUCUUCCUCGGCACAGGCACCAUGUUUGUUUGGAUCGGUGUGAUUCGCUACAUGGGCUACUUCAAGAAAUAUAAUAUUCUCAUCGUGACACUCCGGGCAGCUUUACCAAAUGUUAUACGUUUCAUCUGCUGCGCUGGGAUAAUAUACAUAAGCUACUGCUUUUGUGGCUGGAUUGUUAUCGGUCCAUAUCAUGAAAAGUUCCGGACCUUGAACACUGUGUCGGAGUGUCUGUUCUCAUUGAUCAACGGAGACGACAUGUUUCCGACCUUUAAAGACAUGAAGCACAAAAGCAGCCUGGUGUGGAUUUUCAGCAGGGUCUACCUCUAUACCUUUGUAUCCCUCUUCAUCUACAUGAUCCUAAGUCUUUUCAUCACAAUAAUCACAGACACAUACGACACAGUCAAGCAGCAACAGGAGAAUGGAGUACCGAUUUCAGACCUGCAGAAAUUUCUCUCGGUGUGUAAAGAUCUACCAAAUUCUGGAGUUUACAGACUUGAAAAAAGCAAGGGCUGCUUAUUUAGCUGCUGCAUCAACAGGUGCAACGAUCAUCAAGAGAUGCUGACAUCAGAGGCUUAGUGGUUAUGAGUGUGAUUACUGAGCACUUUAUCCUGUGGGAAUUCCUGUAAGUGAAAAACAUGUUUCGAAUGCUACAAGAAAAGUAGAACUGGAAAAGAAAGUAACUCAGAACUGAUGACAGGAUGCUGUACUUGACCUACUGUAAAGCUAUAUUGUAAAUAAACUUAAAUAUGAUAUUGUAGAUAAAUAAAAUGUAAAUGUUUAUACAAAGCAUGUGACUUUGAGAUAUCCUACAGUUUUACACACGACUGAAUCA